CCGCCCGCCCGCCUGUCAAUAAAGUUGUGUAGUUGUGGCUUUGCGCUGAUGAGGGCGAAGACAAAAUGGAGGCGCUUUGGUGCAGUGGUUGAGGAGUAGGUAGGGGCCGCAGCGGGGGUUUUCUGCUCUUUCCCUCUCCCGCCUCCUCUUUUGAUGCUGCCGGAGGAGAAUGGAGGCGGGACAGCUUACGGAGGGUAAAGAGAUCCGCAUCAUCGGGUCGGAGCUGGUGGAGAACUACACGGUAUAUAUCAUAGAAGUGAAAGUUGGGAACCACCAAUGGACAGUUAAACACCGCUAUAGUGAUUUUCAUGAACUGCAUGAAAAGCUGACUGCAGGAAAAAAGAUAGAUAAGAAUCUGCUUCCACCAAAGAAGAUUAUUGGCAAAAAUUCCAAAACAUUUGUAGAAAAAAGGCAGAAAGAAUUAGAAGUUUAUUUGCAAACCCUUCUAACAAAGUUCCCUUUGGCUGCCCCAAAAGUUUUGUCACACUUUCUGCAUUUUGAUCUAUAUGAGAUAAAUGGCAUUACUGCUGCCCUUGCUGAGCAACUAUUUCACAAAGGUGAGCAGUUGCUUUUGAAAGGUGAAGUAUUCUGUCUGAGACCUUUACAACUAUAUGCAAUCACUCAACAACUGAGACUGGCCAGUCCCACAUGUGCCAGUGGAGAUGCCAAGACUGAUCUUGGACACGUCCUGGACUUUGCUUGUAGACUUAAAUAUUUGAAGAUAACAGGCACUAGAGGAUCUGUGGGUAACAGCAAUAUUCAGGAACAUCUUCUUAAAUUUGACUUGUCAAUUUUCAAGUCUGUUCAUCAGAUUGAGAUAAGUAAUUGUGAUGCUGAACAAAUUAUUGGACUUCCUUCUCUGAAGCACUCAUUAGCUACCAUGACUGUGUCUUUUUCAACUGCUUCAAUGAAGGAUAUUCUUGUGCCAGAAGCUUCUGAAUUUGAACAGUGGGAAGUAGAGGGAAUGGCAUCUGAAUGUCCAGUUGCUGCUAUUAUCCCAAGAUGGAAUAUGCUGACCACGCUUGAUAUGAGUCAUAACCGAAUAUCAAAUAUUGAUGAAUCUGUGAGAUUAAUACCAAGAGUGGAAUUUCUGGAUCUAAGUUACAAUGAAAUAACAGUUAUGGAGAAUUUACAGCAUCUUUAUAAUCUCAUUCAUUUGGAUUUGUCAUUCAACAAGCUCACGUUAUUGCAAGGUGUUCAUACAAAACUCGGAAACAUCAAAACUUUGAACUUGACAGGAAAUCAAUUGGAAAGUCUGUCUGGUCUGAACAAACUUUACUCAUUAGUUAACUUGGAUCUUGGCGACAAUAAAAUAUCACAGAUAGAAGAAAUUAAAAACAUCGGGAGUUUGCCCUGCCUUGAGAAGGUCUUUCUAAAUAACAACCCUUUGAGCAUCAUUCCUGAUUACAGAACAAAGGUUCUUGCACAAUUUGGCGACCGUGCCUCAGAGGUCUGCCUGGAUAAUACUGUUACAACAGGAAAAGAACUGGAUACAGUUGAGGUGCUGAAGGCAAUUCAGAAAGCCAGAGAAGCAAAAGAUCGAAUGAAUAGUACAGAUAAAAAAAUCAGUGAGGAAACAAGACUUGCUGCUCAAGGGUCCAAACCCAACUUCUCUUCCUGUGUUGCUUGUCCUCCUUCUCCUGUGCUGCACCAUGCUGCCAGCUCCAGCCAAGAAAUAAAUACUAAAUCAGCCCUAAUCAUCAAUGCACAUCAAAGUGAGAGUUUGACUCCUAUGGCUUCUACAAUUACCCCAGGAGCCUCUGACACAGCCAUUUUGAAUGGAAGCAAGAGCAAGGUUGCAAAUCCAGAGCUAAAACCUAUGAAUAAAUCACUUGAAGAUUCUGACUGUCCACAAACAAGCACUUUUUUUCUCCAAAUACAAUUAUCUACAUUCAUAAUAAGAUUUGGAUCAGCAGAUGCAACUACUGAAGCUGAUGUGCUGAAAUCACUACAUGAUCCUGAAGUAACUCUUGUGCUGCCUUUUUCAUGUGUGUCAUACAAUACCACCAAUCUUGACUUUGCUGCCUAUUUGUCUGGAAUAAUUAAUCAAGCUCUAUUGAAAGUGCGUACCACUGAGACUGUAUUUGACUGUCAAGGAAACCCUGUUAAUUAUCCUGAGGUCUUCGGUAAUGAAGCUGGAUAUUUUGAAAUGGGUCCAGAUCAAGGUGAUUGUAUUUUGGGAUGUAGUUCAAACAUUGAUCUAUCCAGUAUUUCUGCAAACCAAGAAGCUGAGAUAUUAAAGGUACUGUGGGCUCUUUGUAUACAGGCAAACAAAGGAUUAAGAUUGUUUAUAUCUUGCAUUGUACUGAUUGACAGUGCUGUAGCUAUAUUUCAGAUUCCUCACUGCGAACUCUUGGGAAAUAUGCAAAAUCUUAUUUCUCAAAUGCAGCUUGUCCUUUGUCUUCCCUAUUCAGAAAUUUUGGAAGUGUUCUUUGAAGUGCCAGAAAUGUGCCUUUCAAUGAAAAUUAAAACACAUGAUUGUUUCUUCUUUAUAUCCGAUUCUCAGAGUCUUAAAGACUUCAAUUUCUGUUUAAAGGCUGUGUUGAAUAAAUCUACUUCAAGUUUGACUAGACUUGAUUAUGAAGAGCCCCUUAUGGAAGACUUCAUAGUUCAGCUUUUACAGCAUCAGCAGCUUGCACUAAGUGACACUGGCAUUAAAGGUAGUUUUGCAGCAUAUAUUUUGAUCAGCGACAACCCCAAACCAUGGGGUUGGGCAGAAGAGACGAAUCCUUGUGUUUCACAUACUGAAGUGGUCAGUGGUAUAGAAUUAAAGAACAAGAAUACUCUGCACUCUGAAGUUUGUUCGGAGGUUCUUCCAGGGAGAGAAGAAAAUUCCAAACCUGUAUGUGUACCUUGUCUUCUGAUUUUGACAGCUCAACAUCUUUAUUUCAUAAAGAUAGAUUUCUACAUAGCAGCAAAAAAGUGUCUUCAUCCUGAAGAGAUUGCAGAAUGUCCAUUUAAGUUGAACAGAAUUUCAUUAGCUACGUUGCUUUUAAAUCCAAAGCAUGGGUCCCAUACUGUUGAAACAGUGGCAUUUUGGGAUGGUCAUGUCCUUGAAUUCUUGAUUGGAUAUCAACUUGCAACGGCGGUUUUUUUGCUUCCCCAUGAGAAGUUCCACUUUCUACGAAUGUUUAAUCAACUGAGAGCCAGCUUUCAGGGUGUCAAAUCCAUUGUAAUGUACAGAACUUGUCCGGAUCACUGCUACGUAACGAGGCAUUCCACGGACACAACUGGUCACUCUCCUGAACCUGAAAGCAACCAGCCAAAGUUGAAAUCAGACUUGGGUCUUUCUCUACAGUAUCCUUCUGAGAUGCUGCUGCAAAAAUUGACUGAAGAGAAUCGGUGUCCCUUUCAUCUUUCUGCCUCCCCAUCUCUCAAUUACCUAGCAGGUUUGAAAGGAAGAGCUAUUGUGGACUGUUUUCACAACAGUAUGGCUGAGGUUGAGAAUGAAGAGCUACGGUAUCUAAUUUGGUCUUCAGUUAUAUUUUACAAAAGCUCAGAGCUUGAAGUUACUGCCUGCAUAAUGCUCUCUACCAAAGCAUUGUAUUUCGUGUUGGAUGAUAGUAUCAUUAAGCUUGCUGAUCAAACUGGAUAUUGGAGUGAAAAGCCAUCUUCAAAUUCUGAGCGGAGUGGUUUGCUCUUAUCGUUCUGCUUUGUCCUGAAAUUAAAUGAUCUGCACUCCAUACACUUGGGCCUUUUUGAUCAAUACUUCCGCAUCACUGGUCCAUCUGCUGAACACACAAUUGCUUGCCUGACCAGGGACAGUUAUACAACACAUACAUUUGUACAGCAGUUAAUGGCUGUAUUAUCUUUGUUGGAACGAACACCUUCGCCAGAGCCAGUGGAGCUGGACUUUUAUUCAGAAUUUGGAAAGAAAAGCACAGGUCAAAUGGAAAAUUAUGAAAUUGUCCACUCCAGUCGAGUGAAAUUCAUUUAUCCUAGUGAAGAGGAGGUUGGUGAUCUGACAUUUAUGAUAGCAGAAAAUGUUCAAGACCUAAAUAAUCUCCAAACAUCUAACAUCCUCUUGUAUGUUUUGGCAUUUCAAGUAGAGUCUUUGGAGAAUUCUUUAUAUUCCUGCAAGUGUUCUUUGCAGCCUAAAACGUUAAUUUUGACCAGCUAUGAUAUGCUUCUGUUUGAAGAAGAUUAUGUUAGUUAUCCAUUACCAGAAUUUGCAAAAGAACCACCAAAGCGGGACAAAUACCAAUUAACUGAUGCUAGAAGAAUUCGCGAUCUGGAUCGAGUGCUCAUGGGUUACCAGACCUAUCCACAGGCCAUCACUUUUGUGUUCGAUGAUGUACAGAAUCGGGAUCUCUUAAGCAGUAUGAUGCUUGACCAUUUUGAACAUCCACUUAAUACCUGUUCUACAGAUAGAACAAGUUACUGCAGCAUCAGCGAUGAAGUUCAGUGGUGUCUCUUUGUAGCCAGUCCUGAAAGUCGUGAAAGGCUGAUUGCAUUGCUUGCUAGACAGUGGGAAAUUCUUUGUAGCAGAGAACUACCAAUUGAACUUACAGGCUAAAAUUGUUGCCAAGAGUGUCCAACAAACCAUAAAUGUUAUACUGAUCAUGAAUAAUUAAAUGUACAGCGCUCCUGGGGAAUUUGUAAAUACCAUGGGAGUCAUUCAAGUUGUUCCUUUGAUGUCUAGGGCUUUUAGAGUUUAUUUUUUACAUUAACAUGUAAAAUAAUGUGUAACAUAAACUGAUGCAUCCUGCUACAUUGUGCAAUGUAAACUCUACAUAAAAGGUCACUAUUGCAUGUUAUGCUUGAAUGUUUUGAAAUAUAAAAUAUAAACUUUGUAUUUAAUGGACAGCUCUCUAAUCUGCUGCUAUGAUUUGAAAUAAAGUUGUUGGUCUUAAAUAGUUUUUAAACAAAGAGUAACCUUAAGCUUACUGCAUUUUUAAUAUUAUUACAUAGUAUUGCAGAAUAUAAAAGAACGCCUGUUUAACAUGUUUAGCUUGAUCUGUUCCACUUAGUAUUCAGUAUGAUAUGGUAAGUUGGAUCAAUGCCAGCCAGCUAGGUUGCUUUUGUUGCAUGUAAUGGACUAACUGUAGUGUUGUUGAGAUCUAGAAGGGGACUGCUGGCUAUGGACACGAAAACUACUUUGCCAUUAUUGUUUUAGAAAACCAAAGUAUUGCUUUGCAACGCAAGUACCCUGCAGAUGCACCUGCUAUGUUUUGUACACUUGAAGGGCUUGAUUCAAUGUAUUGCAACUGUAGCUUGAUUGAGCUAAAAGUAGUUUCUGGUGGUAAUUUGCCAAACAAGGUGCCUGACAUAUCAUUGAUGUCAUCCUAAAUGGAUAUAAAUAAUAGAGCAAGAUAGCAGUUGACGAGGUUGUGCCUGUAUCUCCUGUCAUGUAGAUUAUUCUAGAAUAGCAUUAUUCAGGCCAAGAACAUGAACUUUUCUCUUCCUUCUCCAAUACGCGUUUACUGCAGCAGGGAAAAUUGUGCAUAUGAAAACUAGCCCAAUAAAUCUGUUUUGAAAGACUAGUUUCAAAUAAUGGAAAUGAAGUUGAAUGUGCUUUAUUGUGGUCACUGAAUAAUGUAAAUGGAUGAAAUUUGUCUAGCAUUAGACUCCUCAACCCACUCUUAAAAUAUUGGAUAACUACUGUUUCAAAGAUUAAAAGCUUUAUUAAUGUUUCCAGAAGUUGUUUUAAGGCAGGUAUGGAUUUUACAAAAAUUCUGGAAAUAUUCAGCAGAGUAAAUGUUUCAAAUGAAUGAUCUUCUAUUAAAACCAGCUCAGCAAGAACUUGUGUGACACUGCUAAUUAGUUUGCUUUGUAACAGAAAAAAUUUGCUUUCUGCCAUAUCAAGGUGAUAAACUUCCUUGGGUAACUUGCAUUCUAGGUAAACUUGCCUGCACUUUUGAGUAGAUUAGCUGGUGAUUUCUCCAUAAGAUUGAUAUAGCUGUAUAACUUUUUUAAAGUAGGGGGUGGGUUCAACAGAUUGAAAAAGUGUGGACAAAGUAAAUGGAUGAAGAGCGUAGGAGGGAUUACUGAAGUCUUCAGAGCAAGGGAGGCAAAAGACAGGAAACUAUUAUAGGCCAGUUAUCCUGAUUUCAGUUGUUGAGAAGAUGUUGGAGUCAAGGUACUUACACACAAUAAAAUAGAUUUCCUUAAGAAAAAAUCUUGACUGACUAAUCUGUUAGGAUUUUUUGAGGUAGUAACGGGCAGGAUAAAUAAAGGAAAGUCAAUGCAGGUUGUUUAUAAGGAUUUUCAGAAUGCCUUUUGCCAAGGUACCACGCAUGAGGCUGCUAAACAAGGUAAGACCCCAUGGUAUUACAGGAAAAAUACUAGAAUGUAUAGAACAUUGGUUAAUGGGCAGAAGAUAGAGUGGGAAUAAAGUUGCCUUUUAUUUGUUUGGCUGCAGGUGACUAGUGGUGUUCCACAGGGGUCGUCGUUGGGUCUGUAACUUUUCAUGUAUGUUAACGAUUUGAAUGAUGGGUUUGUGGCCAAGUUUGCAAAUGAGGCAACGAUAAAUGGAGGGGAAUGUAGUGUUGAAAAAUCAGGGAGUCUGCAGAAGGACUUGGGACAGGUUAUGAGAAUGGGCAAGAAUUAGCAGAUGGAAUACAGUAUAGGGAAGUGUACAGUCAAACGCUUUGGUGUAAAGGUAUACUAUUUUCUAAAUAGUAAAUUCAGAAAUUGGUGUUGCAAAGGGAUUUGGGGGUCCUGGUGCAAUAUUGCUAUAAAGUUAACUUGUGAAACUUCAAUCUUGCCAAAUACAUCCUCUGACCUCCCCUUCAAUCCUUUUAAUUACACAAGCAUUGUUUGCUGCUUCUAGAGUUUCCACUACCUGAGUAACAUUUGAAGUUCCUUCCCUUAAUCUCCUUCUCUGAAUUUUGCACAAAUGUGAUACUCAUUUUUUUGGACAAUAUAUUUGAAUAUAGAAGUAGGAACAUACUGUACAGCACUGGAAGCUAUUCUGCAAAUAAAGGAAAUAAAAAGUGCUUUUUUUUGUUUUCAUGACAAAGUUAAAGAUUUCUGAUUCAAAAGGAAAAGAUUAUUACAAUUUCAUGCAAGUCCCCAAUUAACUGAAGCAGGAAAUAAUUGGGGAGUAAAGAAAGUGGCAGAUAGAUUGAUGUUUUCAUUCACUAAAAACAUCAGAAAACUUUAUGAUAAUGAAUUAAUGUCUACUGUAAUCGAGAAGCUCAAAGAAAUGAGUAAAUUAGCAGUACUGGAGAAAUAAUGGACCCUGAUAUUCCCUCAUAAGCUGAUGAACAGCAGCCCAGCGUUUUAAAAGAGAUGACUUCAAAGAUAAGUGGAUGCACAGAUGGUCAAUUAUAAAUGAGACAUUUUGGAAGACAGCAUGACCUCACCAAGAGUCUGAGCAGGGUGGGUGGAAUCCUUCAUGAUGUUACUGACCCUUUCUGUAUAUACGUCCUCCAUGGUGGGUAGGCUGGUGCCAGUGAUGCUUGGGCAGUUUUGACUACUUGUUACAGAGCCGCUUUGUCCAUGGUGGUGCAGUUUCUGUACCGUACACUCGUACCAUGUUAGGAUGCCCUCUUCUGUGCAUCUGUAGAAUGAAAUGAGUAUGGAUGUACAUAGUCCAGCUCCCUUCAGCCUCCUUAGUAGCUUUCCUGACUCUGUAGGAUGUACAGUAUUCUGGGACCAUGAGAAAUUGAGUGAGAUGUGCGGUCCCAGGGGUUUGAAACUGCUUGCAGUUUCAGCUGCUGUGCCACUGAUGUAAAGGGUGGUGCAGGUUCUCCUGAAGUUGAAAACCAUCUCCUUUAACUUGUUGGUAUUUAGGAAGAGGUUAUUUGCCCGGCACCAGGUCUCAGACUCUUCUACUGCCAAACUGUAGGUCUGCUCAUCGUUGGUGGUGAUGAACCCCACCACUAUCAUGUCAUUUGAGAACUUGACAAUGUGAUUACUGGGGUUUUUGGCUGUGCAGUUGUGUGCACAGUGUACAGCAAUGGGUUCGGCACACAUCCCUGGGGGGCAUCCAUGUUGAGGAUGAUUGGGAGUUAAGAGCAGCUGUGCAUCCUGACGAGGUAUCUAUUGGUUAGAAAGUUCCACACCCAGUUGCAUGCAUUAUAGGUUUUCAUUUUCCUGGCCCUUUUUGUCACCCAUGAUAAUAGUGUUUACUUCUUGAUCAUUGUUGUUUGAAUCUUUUACUUAAUACAGUAUAUGCUUUUGUUUCUAGACUCAGGAACAUCUUCAGUGAAUGUGCUAUCUCUAGGCCCAAGAAUAAGAUUUGGUGGAUGAGGGAAAGGUAAAAUUAGUAAUUUCCACACGUCUUGUAGCACUGGUUUCCCAAGAUUUCUUUUUGUGAAUUUUCUCUGCUCUGCCCUUCCUUUGUGGUGGGGAUUGAUUUAUUGGCAUUUUUGCAACAGUGCUUGAGGAUACAGUUGAGAUGUAUUGAGUUUUCCCUACAACAUAAACUACUUAAUACCUCACCUCUGUGCACAGCCUUCAUGAGUAGAUUUCCUUUCUGGUAUUUGGUUGGCUACUUUUGUAAUCCUUGUUUACGGAUGUUUAAAAGCAAUAUUUUUUGAUCUCUGUUGUUCCAUUUUAUACUUGCUCUAAAUUUUCUAUAAUUAGAUUUUCUUUCCCCCAUGUUAACUACCUACUUACUUUGUUUUUUCCCUUUUGCGCCAUUUUAUGCCCUAUCAGUUUGGAUCACCACAGGAGUUCUUGCUUUAGUUUGCCUAAUAUUGCCAUUCUGCAUCAUAAAUAGGAACAGCCGGUGAUGAGGCUUACAGGAUUGAGAUAGAUCUGCUGGUUGAAUAAUGUUGCAUCAACAGCCUUGCACUCAAUGUCAACAAGACCAAGGAAUUGAUUAUGUACUUCAGGAAGGAGAGGUCAGGAGAAGACACAGCAGUCCCACAGGGGUCGGUGGUAGAAAGGGUGAGCAGCUUCAAGUUCUUGAGCAUCAACAUCUUAGAGGAUCUGUCCUGGAUCUAACAUGUAUUGACGCAGUCACAAAGGUGGCAUGCCAUCGGCUCUGCUUAAUUAGGAAUGAGGAGAUUUGAUAUGUCACCAAAGAUUCCUGCAAAAUUUGUAUAGAUGUACAGUGUUCUUGUCUGGUUGCAUCACUACCUACUAAGGAGCCCAUAAUGCACAGGAUCACUUGAGGCUGCAGAGGUAGACGUAGCCAAUUUGUUCAUGCACUCUAACCUCCCUGCCGCAUCUUCAAAAGGUGGUGACUUAAGGUGGCAGCAUCCGUCAUUAAAGACCUUCAUCAUUCAGGACGUGCCCUCUGCCUGUUACUACAUUUGGAGAGAAGGUACAGGAGCCUGGACACCUACUCUCAAUAUUUUAAUAACAGCUUCUUCCCUCUGCUAUCAGAUUUCUGAAUGGUCCAUGAACACAGACUCAUUAUCAGUCUUUUGCACUACUAAUUUAUUUUGUAACUUAUUUUUGUCUUGUACUUUGCAGCAGCAAAACAAUAAAUUUAAUGACAUGUGAGUGAUAAUAAACCUGAUUCGAAUUCUACCCCUUUCUGAUAUUAUCCAUACAUUUUCAGUCUCCACUGCUUAAACCUGCACUCUUCCUUCUUCAGUUUCACGUUACUUCUCUCCCAAGAGUUCUCUUCUUGCCUUUCAGCUGAAUUUCCAACUAUGAAAUUCCUUCCAUGAACCCGACUGCUUUGCCUUAAGACAAUAAGAUAUAGGAGCAGAAUUAGGCCAUUCAGCCCAUCGAGUCUGCUAUGCCAUUCCAUCAUGGUCUUUUUUUUUGUAAUUUAUUUUUCAUUGAAUUUCAUCAUCAAACAAACAUUUCCAUAGGAUGUAUUUCAGAUACUGUACAUAUAUAUCAUGUAAUCAUAUGCCACAAAUCUCCACAUAAUAUUUAUCUGAGGUAUACACUUAUAGAAAGGAGAGGAAAGAAAGAACAAUCAAAAGAAGACUAUGUACAAAAUAGGGAGUGAUCUUUUUUUACAACAUAUUCAUUGACUUGAGAGUAAAAUCAGGCCUAUGAGGUGUUAUGUAGUUAAACCAUUUUUUCCAGUAUGAAUACAAUUGUUUCAGCUUAUGAUUAACAGAUGCUGUUAUCUUCUCCAUUUUGUAAAUGUCCAUUGUAAUUUCCAUCCAUACAUUUAAAGUUGGGCUCUCCUGUGAUGACCAGUUCCUGGUAAGGGUCUUUUUACCAGCCACCAGCAGUACAUUCAUUAAAUAUUUAUCUCUUUUCAACCAUUCUUGAGGUAUAUACCCAAAAUAUAUGGUCUUACUCUCUAAGGGUAUUUCACAUUUAAAGAUGUCUUGUAGGGCAUUGUGUAUCCCACUCCAAUAGUCUUUGAUAACGGGGCAUUCCCAGAAAAUAAGCUAAUGGUUUGCAUUUUGAUUUCACAAUUUCUCCAGCAAACAGGGGAGUUACUAUCAUAAUGGGAUUUCUGAGAGGGUGUAAUAAAAUAUCUUAUCAAGUUUUUCCACCCAAACUCCCUCCAUUUCUGUGAACUGCUACACUUCCAUUGAUACCUCCAUAUUAUUAUCCAUUCUUCGUCAGAUAUUAUUAUCCCUCCUUCCUUCUCCCAUUUUGUUUUAAUGUAUCCAUCAUAGUCUUUUCAAACCACCUCGGACAAAACUUAUAUUUUUUACAGCCCAUCUUUUCUUUGUACAAGGGAAGAUAUUCACAGAAAUUUUAAAGUUUCUAAAAACUAAUGACUCCAGAAGUAUGGAAGGUUUAUUCAAGUGAAUCGCCGUUGCAUUUUUGUAAUUCUUCGGUUCUUUGCGGGAAUGGGAUCUGCUCUCGGGGGUCUCGCAACUAGCGCUAUUUGAUAUGCCAAGGAUGUGGCCCAGAAGACUAGUCUGCCUUCAGAGAGAUGGUUUCUCAUGGCUGUGAAGGCAGGCGGUCUCGAGGUCGGUGUCGCCAUAUGGUGUGUCGUGGAAGAAGAAAGAUCAAAAGCAGCGAGCUGGCUGUGUGCCCAGAGACCCGAUUUCUUUGGGCACAGAGCUCGGAAGAAGCGAUACAACAGAUUUUUAACCCCAUAAAUCAGCGAAUUGUUUGUUAUGUCUCCCCUCUCGCUGUGAAACAGGGACACCUUUUUCCCUUAUUAGGGAGAAAGAGAGAGCCUGUGGUAUGUCGAAUUACUGGGUGAAUGAGUAGUCUUUGGGGUACUGCAAGUCUGUGUCUUUAUUGAAUUGAUGCUUUGCUGCACACUUGAGUGCUUGGUGGAGGGUGCCGAUGCUUUUUUGCUGUGGGGGGGGGGGGUUCAUUGCCUUGCUGCUGCUUAUGAGUGGGUGGGGGAGAUGGGGGCUUUGGGAUUCUAAUAUUUAACUGUCAUUCAUUCUUUGGGGGCAUGCUGUUUUUGUGGAUGUUUGUGAAGAAAAAUAAUUUCAGGAUGUAUAUUGUAUCCAUUUCUUUGACAUUAAAUGUACCUAUUGAAACCUAAUACAAGUGAAGGCAUUUUACUCUAAAGAACCAUGCCUAAUUAUGUUUUAAAUACCUACAAGGUUUUCUUUCUCCUGUAAACUUUAUGUACUGGCUUCUCAGAUCCCAUUCAAAGUUAUGAGAGAUUACUUUUAAAUAGCUGGACUUGUACUUUGUAUUGCCAGUUAAAGUUUAAAUGUAUUCUGAUUAAUUUUAGAUCAAGUGAACUAUUGCAUUUUUGCAAGAGUGAUGCUUGCUUGUUACAUACACCUGUUAGGGUGCAUUCUCCAGAUACCUUAUAAGGUAACCGUAGCCUUCAUCCAGGAGCAGAUGUCAUCAGGUGGUUCCCAACCUUCAGAGUGUUUCAACCCUUAACCACGACACUCUCCAGUUGGUGGGCUGGCGGUGGUGGCCAAAUCACUGCCCAUCUGCUCCUGAUUUCCAGCUUCCCUCCUCUCGCCUACUCCAAAUCCAACAAGAGGCUCGUUCUGCCUCUUUCCCCCAUCCUAUGAGCUGCUUGUUUUUUCCUUUCGUCCAGGCCCAGAUCUGCCAACAACCGCCAUGCUGAUUCGGCUGGCAAACCUCUGCAGCCGAUCUCCACAGGGAACAACCAUGCCUGCCGUCCCUUGUCUUUACAUUCCUACACUAAGGGCUGAUACUUCAAGGCCUUUCACUCGUGGACCUCUUCCCAUCCCUCCUCCCACGGCACAGUCAGCUCAACCAGAAUUAUUUGCUAAUAGCUGUAUAUGAUAAAAGCAACAAUAAUAGAAACACAGAAAACCUACACCACAAUACAGGCACUUCGGCUCACAAAACUGUGCCGAACAUGUCCUUACCUUAGAAAUUAUCCAGGGUUACACAUAGGCCUCUUUCUUAGCUCCAUGUACCUGUCCAGGAGUUUCUUGAAAGACCCUAUUGUAUCCGCCUCCACCACAGUUGCCAGCAACCCAUUCCAUGCACUCACCACACUCUUCGGGGGGGGGGGGGGAAGAAAACAUCCCUAACAUCUCUUCUGUACCUACUUCCAAGCACCUUAAAACUAUGCCCUCUCAAGCUAGCCAUUUCAGCCCUGGGAAAAAGCCUCUGACUAUCUACAUGAUCAAAGCCUCUCUUCAUCUUACACAUCUCUAUCAGGUCACCUCUCAUCCUCUGUCGCUCCAAGGAAAAAAGGCUGUGUUCACUCAACCUGUUCUCAUAAGGCAUGCUCCCCAAUCCAGGCAACAUCCUUGUAAAUCUCCUCUGCACCCUUUCUAUGGUUUCCACAUCCUUCCUGCAGUAAGGUGACCAGAACUGAGCACAGUACUCCAAGUGGGGUCUGACCAGGGUCCUAUAUAGCUGCAACAUUACCUCUCAGCUCCUAAGCUCAAUCCCAUGAUUGACGAAGGCCAAUGCACCGUAUGUUUUCUUAACCACAGAGUCAAUCUGCACUGCAGCUUUGAGUGUCCUAUGGACUCGGACCCCAAGAUCCCUCUGAUCCUUCACACUGCCAAGAGUCUUACCAUUAAUACUAUAUUCUGCCAUCAUAUUUGACCAAAAUGAACCACCUCACAAUUAUCUGGGUUGAACUCCAUCUGCCACUUCUCAGCUCAGUUUUGCAUUCUAUCAAUGUCCUGCUGUAACCUCUGACAGCCCUCCACACUACCCACAACACCUCCAACCUUUGUAAAUUUACUAACCCAUCCCUCUACUUCCUCAUCCAGGUCAUUUAUAAAAAUCAUGAAGAGAAGGGGUCCCAGAACAGAUCCCUGAGGCACACCACUGGUCACCGAACUCCAUGCAGAAUAUGACCCGUCUACAACCACUCUUUGCCUUCAGUGGGCAAGCCAGUUCUGGAUCCACAAAGCAAUGUCCCCUUGGAUCCCAUGCCUCCUUACUUUCUCAAUAAGCCUUGCAUGGGGUACCUUAUCAAAUUCCUUGCCAAAAUCCAUAUACACUACAUCUGUUGUUCUACCUUUAUCAAUGUGUUUAGUCACAUCCUCAAAAAAAAUUCAAUCAGGCUCGUAAGGCAUGACCUGCCUUUGACAAAGCCAUGCUGACUAUUCCUACUCAUAUUAAGCCUCUCCAAGUGUUCAUAAAUCCUACCUCUCAGGAUCUUCAUCGACUUAGCAACCACUGAAGUAAGACUCUCUGGGCUAUAAUUUACUGGGCUAUCUCUACUCCCUUUCUUGAAUAAGGGAACAACAUCUGCAACCUUCCAAUUCUCUGGAACCUCUCCCAUCCUCAUUGAUGAUGCAAAGAGAAUCACCAGGGGCUCAGCAAUCUCCUCCCUCGCUUCCCACAGUAGCCUGGGGUACAUCUCAUCUGGUCCCAGUGACUUAUCCAACUUGAUGCUUUCCAAAAGCUCCAGCACAUCCUCUUUCUUAAUAUCUACAUGCUCAAGCUUUUCAGUCCACUACAAGAUGUCCCUACAAUCGCCAAGAUCCUUUUCCAUAGUGAAUACUGAAGCAAAGCAUUCAUUAAGUACCUCUGUUAUCUCCUCUGAUUCCAUACACACUUUUCCACUGUCUCACUUGAUUGGUCCUAUUCUCUCAUGUCUCAUCCUCUUGCUCUUCACAUACUCGUUGAAUGCCUUGGAGUUUUCCUUAAUCCUGCUCGGCAAGGUCUUCUCAUGGCGGCUUUUGGCUCUCCUAUUUUCAUUCUUAAACUGCUUCCAGUUAGCCUUCUAAUCUUCUACAUUUCUAUCAUUAUCUAGCUUUUUGAACCUUUCAUAAACUCUUCUUGACUAGAUUUACACAACAGCCUUUGUACACCAUGGUUCCUGUACCCUACCAUUCUUUCCCUGUUGCAUUACAAUGUACCUAUGCAGAACUUCACGCAAAUAUCCCCUGAACGUUUGCCAUAUUUCUUCCAUACAUUUCCCUGAGAACAUCUGUUCCCAAUUUGUGCUUCCAAGUUCCUGGCUGAGCCUCGUAUUUCCCCUUACUCCAAUUAAAUGCUUCCCUAACUUAUCUGUACCUCUUCCUCUCCAAUGCUAUGGUAAAGGAGAUAGUGAUCACAAUUCCAUCUCCAAAAUGCUCUCCCACUAAGAGACCUGACACCUGACCAGGUUCAUUUCCCAAUACCAGAUCAAGUACAGCCUCUCCUCUUGUAGGCUUAUCUACAUAUUGUGUCAAGAAACCUCCCUGAACACACCUAACAAACUCCACCCUGUCGGAACCCCUCACUCUAGAGAGAUGCCAAUUGACAUUUGGGAAAUUAAAGUCUCCCACCACAACAACCCUGUUGUUAUUACACCUUUCCAGAAUCUGUCUCCCAAUCUGCUCCUCAAUGUCCCUAUUACUAUUGGAUGGUCUAUUUUAAAAAAAAACAGUAGUGUUAUUGACCCUUUCCUAUUUCUAACUUCCACCCACAGAGACUCAGUGGACAAUCCCUCCAUGACUUCUUCCUUUUCUGCAGCCAUGACACUAUCUCUGAUCAACAGUGUCACACCCCCACCUCUUUUGCCUCACUCCCUGUAUUUUCUGAAACAUCUAAAGCCUGGGACUCGAAGCAGCCAUUCCUGCCCCUGAGCCAUCCAAUUCUCUGUAAUGGCCACAACAUCAUAGGUCCAAGUACUGAUCCACUCUCUAAGCUCAUCCGCUUUGUUCAUAAUACUCCUGGAAUUAAAAUACACAUCUUAAACCAUUGGUCUGAGAGUGUCGCUUCUCCAUCACCUGCCUAUCCUCCCUCUCGCACUGUCUCCAAGCUUUCUCUAUUUGUGAGCCAACCGCCUUUCCAUAGAACCAUAGAAACUACAGCACAGAAACAGGCCCUUUGGCCCUUCUUGGCUGUGCCGAACCAUUUUCUGCCUAGUCCCACUGACCUGCACACGGACCAUAUCCCUCCAUACACCUCCCAUCCAUGUAUCUGUCCAAUUUAUUCUUAAAUGUUAAAAAAGAACCUGCAUUUAUCACCUCGUCUGGCAGCUCAUUCCAUACUCCCACCACUCUGUGUGAAGAAGCCCCCCCUAAUGUUCCCUUUAAACUUUUCCCCCUCACCCUUAACCCAUGUCCUCUGGUUUUUUUCUCCCCUUACCUCAGUGGAAAAAGCCUGCUUGCAUUCACUCUAUCUAUACCCAUCAUAAUUUUAUAUACCUCUAUCAAAUCUCCCCUCAUUCUUCUACGCUCCAGAGAAUAAAGUCCUAACCUAUUCAACCUUUCUCUGUAACUGAGUUUCUCAAGUCCUGGCAACAUCCUUGUAAACCUUCUCUGCACUCUUUCAUCCUUAUUUAUAUCCUUCCUGUAAUUUGGUGACCAAAACUGAACACAAUACUCCAGAUUCGGCCUCACCAAUGCCUUAUACAACCUCAUCAUAACAUUCCAGCUCUUAUACUCAAUACUUCGAUUAAUAAAGGCCAAUGUACCAAAAGCUCUCUUUACGACCCUAUCUACCUGUGACGCCACUUUUAGGGAAUUUUGUAUCUGUAUUGCCAGAUCCCUCUGUUCCACUGCACUCCUCAGUGCCUUACCAUUAACCCUGUAUGUUCUACCUUGGUUUGUCCUUCCAACGUGCAAUACCUCACACUUGU